AUUUACCCGCCAAUUGUCUUUGUGUCUUCCACAUUAUCCAUUAAUGCCCAAUUCCUUCUAAACACCUUCACUCUCCCCAUUCUUACACUCCAAUUUCCCCCAGAAUUGCAGCCAGUAAUCACAUGUUAGUCUUUCUAUGAAACAAAUUCAUGCUAAAAUGCAUCAAUUUCAAGCCUUACCUGCUCAUAUUCAUGCCAAUAUGGCUGUACUAUUUCCUUCGAGAAAAUUCUGUCAGCAGCAACGGAAUCAAAAUACUUUUCAUAGACAGGCAUCGUCGUCUUCGUUGCCGGUGUCGAGAAGGUAUUAUUUGGGCAGAUUCAAAAGACGGUUACGUUCUGAACCUAAUUUGAAACCGCUUACUUCUCGCAUUGUUGAUCUUACUCGCAGAAGGCAACUCCACCAGAUUGCUCAUUGAUCUCUAGAUUUUUGUGGAAGUUGAGAUUGCGAAGAAAAGAUAUGGGCAGUUGAACACCAUUGUGAUGAAUGCAGUGAUGCAGGCUUGUGUUCAUUGUGCUGAUAUAGAAUCGGCCUUAAGGGUCUUCGAUGAAAUGUCAGGCCCAGAGGGUUGUGGUGUUGAUAAUAUCACUUAUGCUACACUUCUAAAGGGUUUGGGUGCUGCCCGAAGAAUUGAUCAAGCAUUUCAAUUACUUGAGGCUGUUGAACAAGGAACUGCUGUUGGAAGUCCAAAACUUUCGCCACCCCUUGUCAGCGGUCUGCUGAAUUCUCUAAUUGAAGCAGGGGAUCUACGCCGCGCCAAUGGUCUUCUUGCACGAUAUGGUUUUGUACUUCACGAGGGCGGAUAUCCACUCGUCUUGGUCUACAACUUAUUGAUGAAGGGGUACAUAAGCACCGGUUUUCCUGAGGCAGCAUUAAGUUUGCAUGAUGAAAUAAUAAGACAUGGAUUGAACCUAGACAAGCUCACAUAUAAUACACUAAUCCUAGCAUGUGUGGAAGCUGGAAAGGUGGAUGCUGCAAUGCAGUUCUUUGAGGGCAUGAAGGAUAGAGCACAAACUGUUGAUGGUGAUAACAUUUUUCCGGAUGUAGUUACCUACACUACGUUGCUAAAGGGUUUUGGUCAUGCACAGGAUAUUCUUUCAGUUCAAAACAUUGUCAUGGAAAUGAAAUCAUCCAGCAACUUGCAUAUUGAUCGAGUUGCUUACACUGCAACCAUUGAUGCCUUCUUGAAUUGUGGGACAAUAAAAGGUGCUCUGACUGUGUAUGGGGAACUAGUGAAGAAAGCUGGAGAAGAUUCCAGCUUGAGGCCAAAGCCUCAUCUAUUCCUUGCUCUGAUGCGCGCUUUUGCGGUUAGAGGAGAGUAUGAAAUGGUUAAAAAACUGCAUCGGCGCAUGUGGCUGGAUUCAUCUGGAACAAUCACCUCUAAAGUUAAUGAAGAGGCUGAUCAUCUCCUAAUGGAGGCAGCAUUAAAGGAUGGGCAGUUGGAUUUGGCCCUAUGGUACAUGAAAAGCAAUAUUGAGAAAUGGAAGCAAAUACCAUGGGCUAGUCGAGGUGGAAUGGUUGCUCUGCGAAUUGAAGCAUUACUUGGUUCCAGUGUUUCUAUAUUUAGUCCUUGCGUACUGCCACAGGUGUCAGUACGUGAUACUAUUGAGCAUAUCAUGGUUCCAUUUUCUGAAGCACAGCCUCUGCAAGCUACCCUGAAACUAAAGCAAGUGGUCAUGCGUUUCUUUAAGGAUUCGACUGUUCCAGUCAUAGAUGAUUGGGGAAGUUGUGUUGGAAUACUGCAUUGUGAAGACUGCAAUGAGCUGGAUGCGCCACUUUCAGCCAUGAUGAGAAGUCCACCUCCUUCUGUGACAACCUCAACAUCAAUUGGUCGCGUUAUUGAUCUAAUGCUAGAGAAGAGGUACAAAAUGGUUAUUGUAGCAAAAUACGAAAAUGUGCGUGGAAUGUUUUACAGCUCCAAUGUGAGGGCUGUCGGAGUUUUUACAUCUGAACAGCUAUAUAAGCUUGCUCCAACUGCAUCAGAGCUAAGCGUUCAAAAUUCUUCUGCCUGUAGUGAACCUAUUGAAAUUUGUAGAUAGUAUACCUCGUGAAAGGAAAUUUACAUGAGCUUAUUCUUUUUCCAUUGUAGAGUAGGCUAUUAUUUCUUUUGGGCUGCUGAGUUCUUCGUGUGUGACUCAUCACCUGCUAGAUUGCAGUACUAUUGACUUUGAAUGGUUCGAUUAUAUGUUCAACUCUGUAUAAUGUCGGUGCUGGGUCUGUGACAGAAAUACUCACGGUAUAUGGGAACUUUGGAGUUGUGGAGAUAAUUAGUGAAUAAAUGUAUUAUCAUCUGUGGGCA